AUGGAUCCAUUUGGUGCCUCAGAGGGCAAUCUGAUGGAAUUCUACCAUCUCAAGACGUUGGAACCCCAUACGUCUUGGAAGAACGAUUCUUCAGUGCAUAUUAAUUUAGAAAAAUGGCAGGAUGCAUCUCCAGAUGCUGAUAAUUCCUAUGACAUCUUAAAGGAUCUAUUAAAUCAACAACAAAGAACUUAUGAAAAAGAAGCUGCUCAAAAUAUGAAUGAAGCUGCAAUGAGUAAUGUUGCCGAUCCAUUGAAUAACAAUAUGAUGUUACCCCUAUUGAAUAGAUUACAGAUUCCUCAGAAGGAUAAGCUCAAGUACUUGGUGAAUACCAAAAAAUUUAACGUCAAGAUGUUUUUAAAGGAUAUUCACAACCGGGACAGUUUCGAAGAUUUAACAAGAUCACUAGAUACAUUAGAUAAAACUUUGGAGAGACAGUCUGAUGAAUUGAAAGAUUUGGUGCAGACAAAUUUUACCAAAUAUGUGAGGGUUAAAAACCGGUUGGAUCAAAUCUACGAACAAUUCUCUAUGAGAUAUACCCCUUCACUAGCACCUGGUUCCAUCGAUGCUAAUGGGGGUCAGUUAGACGUAAACGAAUUGGGCGAUAAAGUGGAUGAUGCAAUUAGAGCUACCACUUUGAAAUUAAAACCAUUACUGGAAACUAAUAGAAAAAUGGUAAAUUAUCAAGCUACGAAGAAUUUCAUUGAAGAGAAUAGGGAUUAUUUCAACUUGACUACAAAAUUAAAAAGAUGUUUAGAUAAGAAAGACUAUUCCAAUUUAGUGCUUGAAUACGCAAAGGCCAAAGAGCUACAUAACCAAUUGAUUUUGGCUGCAGCGGUGGCUGAGGAAAAUGAAAUGGGUCAAGUUGUGAAUCGUGUGCCUAAAGUCGUUGAUAAAGUUUGGAGUGAAGUGGAAGUUGUAAUGGAAAGCUACAGGCAACUAACUUGGAAAACACUUUUAUGUGCAGACAAUGAAGAAUCGCAACACGACUUUUUACCUCUGAUAUCUAAACUAUUAGAUUUGAAUGUGGAUAAAAAUCCUAUAAUGGCAUGGUUAACAGUUCAUUUAGACAACUUUGAGAAACAACUACAGGAAACCUCAGAGCAAAUGUUCAACAAGAUACUCAAAGGUCAACAAAACAUUUUACAUAACAAAGCGGAGGCAGAUAGCGAUGAUCAUAAUACAGCAAGUAUCCAGGGUGUGGAUUUGACCUAUUAUUUAUCAAUUGGUCAGUUUUUCCAAGAUACGGAUGGGAAAUCUAAUGAUGAACUUGCAUUUAGAUCUUUGACAGCUUUCCAAGGUUUAACGGAUUCCCCCAUUGUCGUGGAAAUGUGGUUACUCUUUUUGAGAUAUAUCAAUUCUUUGGAAAAGAUAGCUAUGAAGUUCGUUGAAUUCUGGGAACAUGUGCAAAACUUUUUGGAUGGUGUUUACCAAACUACUUUAAUCAAUGAUAAGAAAAAGGAUAACAUUUUGGUAGGUGAUUUGAAAACCAUUGAUGGUCAUAAACAGUUUUUGCAACUGGAAAAAGAACAAGUGAGGCAUUUGAGACAUCGCGGUGAACAUUUUGUAAAUACAUUGGCUAAUCAGCUCACCUUGUUCUUUAUGUCUUCACAAGAGAGUUUAUCCCAGAGAGCAACAAUCACCAAAGAAAACGGUUCACCACAAGAUUACGGAUUCAUUCCACCAAGAGCCAAUGGGUUGAGUUGUCUACGGUAUUUGCCCAAGAUGGUGGAACCGUUACUCAAAUCCAUUACUAAACUUGCCCAACUGGGAAUUAGUCCCAGGGCAUUAGAAAUUUCCAAAAAAUUAGUCUCCAUGAUCACAGAUAGAAGUGUUGCCGCCAUUGCCUCUACGAAGCUUAGAGACACAUCCAAUUUCUACAAACUAGAAGAUUGGAAAGUUUAUCAGACUGUUCAUGACACCAACCGUAGUGAGCUUGAAUACGGUAUUACUCAUUUCCCUGAGAUUGUACGUAUUUUCCAAGAGUACAGUAUUCAAACUACUAGGGACCUUCUUUUCGCCUUCGAGAAAUUGCCCGUCCUUAAUGGAAUUUCUAUUGUCAAUUAUCCAUCUAAGAGGUCAUUGACUGCAGUAGAAAUUCAACAACUAAUAUCUAUGGAGGCAGUUUUAGAGUCUAUUUUGAAGAAUGCGGCUAAAGAUAAGGACAAUCCAAGAAACUCUCAUACCAUUUUGACCUUGACCAAUUUACAAUACAUCAGAGAGACUACUUUCCCUCAAAUUCUACAGUAUUUUGACGAAGCCUUUGAAUGGAACUUGAGAGAGAAGAAAUUAGAACUGUUUUCACUACUAGCAAAGAUGGAAUCCUCUAUUUUUGGUAACUACUUAUCAGAUUUGAAGAUUAACAUAAGAGAUGUUUUGGAGAAGAAGUAUCACGAAAUUAGCUGGGCUACAUACACUUCCAAUUCUUUCAGAGCAAACGAUUAUGUGAUUGAAGUUCUCAUGUUGUUAGUCACAAUCCACAGCGAAUGUUUCAGAAUAGGACCACAACUCAUCGAAAGGGUACUUAGAGAGACUCAAAUCUUUAUUUCCAAAUAUUUGUUCGAAUCUUUCAAACCUUUCGUAGGAAACUUGUCUUCUGAUGGCCUACUUCAAGUGACAGUCGAUCUACAGUUUUUCCAGAGAGUUCUGGGACGACUCCUAGAGAGAGAUACUCAAGUUACUAUAACUGCCUGCUUACAGAACUGCUUCCAAAACAACACCGAAAGGAUGCAGAGAUGUAUAAAAGAAACAGAACCCAUCGUCAGCUCCAAUUUGGCAAGAACCAGCGUCCAAUUUGCAGCAUUUAAAUAA